GAACAGCGACGUGCGCCCCCCGGUGGUGAGAACACAACAACAGAAGAGAGAGGAACCGGACAGGAGUGGAGAUUCUCUGUUUAAGGGGAAGCCAGUGGAGUUGUUGCAGAGCGCGGGUGUUGUGAUGGGUGGUUUGUGAUAACAACACGUGCUGGUUCUGGAGGGAUGUGCUGGGGAGCCCAAAGAGGUGGAGUCAGUCCAGGAAGUGACAAGGUUGUGGACGAGAAGAGAAGAUUGCAAUGAAUAGAUGGGUGCAAUGACUGGUCGCAUUCUUGUCAGUGAUUGUUUUUAUUUUAUUUGUUUAUUCCCCUUUGCACAGACAUCACGCUGGUUUGUGCCACUCGGACAAAGAGAACUGAGUGGAGUUCUGUUUGUCAGGACCUUAGUUGGAUCUGCUGUGGACCAGGACGAGAACAGCUGCUUUAGUGGAGAUCUGGACAUCUGCAAUGGGGGACGCCUUUGGUUUGGUCUACUGUCUGGCUAAGGAGGAGGACUAUGAGCAGGUCAUGAAGAUCUGCACUUCAAAGGACUACAACGGACUGGACUACCUGCCUGCCUUCUUUCACCGCUGGCUGAAGGAACCUGGACGGAUCGUCCUCUUGGCUUGGAUGAAAGACAGAGUGGUGGCGCUGGAAUCUGCCUUGCUCGUGGAUGGGGGUCAGACGGUUGUGUUUCAGGGUCGCAGGGUGGUUUCUGACCUCAGAGGCAGUGGCAUCGCUGGCGUCCUCCACAGUCAUGUGACCUCCUACGUCCGCAGUCAGUACCCAGAAGUCUGUGCUGUCAGAAUGAGCCGAGGAGACCAUCCUUCAGAACGAAUCCUGUCUAAGUACAGACUUGUUGCUAAAGAGACAGGUGUUCUCGUCAUCAGAGCAUCUCUGGAGGAGAACCCGGACCAGGACAAGAUCUGUGGAAUGGAUCAGAUGGAUGUUAACGGGAACUAUCUACAUUCUGUCAGAGAAACCAGAAGAACCUCUAGAUCUGACCCAGAAUCUGCACCUGGACCCAAAUACAAAGAGCAGCAGAACCAGUUCCAUCCAGUAAACCCAGAAGUUUCAAACAAAAACGCUUCAACGAGGACCGAUUGAUCCACUUUACGCCCAGAAUCAGAACCAGGGGAUCUUUUAAUCUGGAAACUCCUCCGACAAACAUCAAGCGAAUCGAUAAGACACGAGGCCCCUGAGACCCGACGUUGGACCUGAGGCGAGACUUGCCAGGUGAGAAGGACCAGACACGUGGCCUACCUGCUCCAGCCGCGUCCC